CUCAGUGAAGGCUUUCUUACUUAAACAACUACGAUCACCAUUUAUAUAUUCAUUCUGAUCAAUUGAGUGUGAUAUAAGAAUCGAACUCAGAAGAAACUCGUAUUAAAACAAGAGUUUUCUCAUAUCUCCAGCCAUGAAGGAUCCUAACUACAGCAAGAGAAAGCACCCGGGGUCCGACAACCACCCUUUCAAGAGAAGCAAAGGAGGUGUCAAGGGCAAAUGGACGACGCCUCACCACGAGGCCAAGCUCGCGAUGUUCAGAGCCAAGGGCCUGGAGGCCGGUGAUGUGGGCUUAUCGACGACGUGUGUGAAGGGCAAGGAGCGCCAAGCGUUGGAGGAGCUUAUGGAUAUUUGCGAAGAGUACGGCGCAACCCUAUACAACCUCACCCCAGAAGACCCAGCCUACUCCACGGACGAAGACGGCAACAUCGAAGCCUCCAUCCGGAAAGAAGUCCAGGGCCUCCCCUCCGCCCUUACGCGGGACCCGAACGCCCCCUUCGAGCCCGUCCGCCUGGACCUGGACUGCCUGCUGUUCAUGCGGACGCGCGCCCCCGUCGACCCCGUGCAGCUCGCGCACCGCAUCUGCGUCGACGCGCGGGACGAUUUGGACUGGAGGAAGGGCGGGCGCAGGGCUCGGUUCUUGAAUCGGUUUACGCCGGUUACGGCGAGUGCUAAGGCGAACGAGGCGGGGUUGGAGGAGGUUGCGCGGAAAGUGCUCGGAGAGCAUUUUCGACUUGUUGGGGAGAAGAGGGAUGGGAAGGGGGAGGGAGAGGGAGAGGGAGAGGGAGAGGGUGAAGGUGAAGGUGGGGAUGAGAAGAAGGGCGAGGAGACGAAGGGGAAGGCGUAUUCGUACGCCAUCCGCCCGACGUUCCGCGCGCACAAUGUCCUCAAACGCGAGGAUGUGAUCAAGAAGGUCGCGAACCUCAUCGACACGCGCCAUAAGGUCAAUCUCACGUCUCCGGACAAGGUUAUUCUUAUCGAUAUUUACCAGUCAUUUUGCGGAAUGAGCGUCGUGGACGGUGAUUGGGAUUCGUUGAAGCGGUAUAAUCUCCACGAGAUCCUCGUGGCGGCGUUGAAGGCUAAGGGCCAAUCCGUUGAGGAAAAGGGUAAGACGGAGAAAGCGCAGACAGAUAAACCGGAAACCUAAGUUUGCUAAGUGAACAUGCUACUAGGUAGGUGGUUCAGCUGCUGGCUUUUCAACGUUUGGUUUCUUAGGGAAAUAUAAUGAAUAGGCGGUGGUCAUACGUCUUCAUAGCACCAGAAGUUUGCGAAUAAAUGGAAUUCUCAACGAAGGUCUAGGUUGAGGGAGACCCCCGAGGGACACGUGCUUAUCCUAAGCUUAUGGGCAAUACAAAUAAAUCCAUGAAGAAUAGCAAUCGCCGCACAGGCACUCACUUUACAGUCAAGGAGCUUACACGAUAUAUCCAUAUCAAUAACUCGGAAUAGUUAAGGUAUAGAUUAACACCUGCAAACAACCUCAAGCAAGCAUUCUGGUAUCUCAUUCUCUCACUCAUCACACUCCACUCCGUUUUGUUAUGAUAUUUCAGUCCAGAACCAGACCUGCAUUUAACUUCUCGUUCAUCCCUACCCUACCCUAUCCUAUGCCCACCUCCUUUCUUCCAUGCCACCCCCUACCCUACCCCUAUCCUCAAA